ACGAAAAAACACUUAAAAUGGAGGCUACAGGAGACGAUUCCUAUCGAGAAAGGCUGACAUUUCUCGCUUUAUCCUGCCUAAAAUUUCGGCCCAGAAUCAUUUUGCCUAAAUACUAACCCUAGAUUGUCGAUGUAUAUAUGAAAUUUUCUUCAGUGAGCUAAGCUCCCGCAGCCACUGUAUAUUUUUUUCUUCAUCCUCUGCCGUCUUUCCGGACUUAUGAUUCAUCCCUCCUGCUCCGACUUCGUGCCCUCCUUCCUCUAAGAUCCCCUCUACUAAUCCCCUCUUCCAUAUCCUCACAACCGCUUCAUCGCUUCGAUGUGUCCUCACCAUCACGCCGUCGUUCCGAUCUGUCUUUACUGUCGCUCCAUCUGUCUGAUCUGUCCUCAAUGACUUAAUUAAGAAUCUGGUUGAUGAUCGUCUAUCCGUUUUUUCCUCUAUGUCGAAGCGGGCUGUGUGCACCUAUGAGGAAGAGGAGGAAGAAACUAAAUGGAGAAGCAAGAAAGGAAGGAAGAAGGGAUCAAUAAAGAAAAAGAAGAUAGUGGAGAUAGCCAACCGUGAUAAAGUAAAAGUUGGAGGAGGUGAAGAGAAUGAACACUCAGUCCAACACGUGCGGUCUGAACUUCCAAUAGAGAUUUUGGAAAUAAUCAUUGGUCACUUGAACUUGAUGGAUAACAUCCGCGCUUCUGCUGUUUGCAAGACAUGGAAUUCUGUUGCCCGCUUUGUCAGAGUUUCCAACAAACCUCCUUGGCUUAUGUUCCUCCCAAAGUUUGGUGACUUGGUAGAUUUCUACGACCCUUCAUUGCGCAAGACCUACUCUGUUGAGUUACCUGAGUUGCGUUCCUCCAGGCUUUGUUACACCAAGGAUGGAUGGUUGCUACUCUACAAGCCUAGAACCCAACGCGUUCUUUUCUUCAAUCCCUACUCUCGACAAUUAAUCAAUUUACCCAAACUAGAAUUGACGUACCAAAUCGUUGCGUUCUCUGCUGCUCCUACUUCUCCCAAGUGCAUUGUGUUUACUGUUAAGCAUAUCAGCCCGACUUUGGUUGCCAUUAGCACUUGUUUCCCUGGAGCAACUGAGUGGACAACAGAGCAUCACCAGAAUCGCUUACCAUUUGUGAGCAGUAUAUGGAAUAAAUUGGUUUUCUGCAAUGGAUUGUUCUAUUGUCUGAGUCUGACAGGAUGGUUGGGGGUUUAUAAUCCAGAGCAGCACUCAUGGGUUGUUCGAGUUGUUCCUCCACCUAGAUGCCCGGAGAAUUUCUUUGUCAAGAAUUGGUGGAAGGGGAAAUUUAUGGCAGAACAUAAUGGAGACAUUUAUGUCAUAUAUACUUGCUCUAGUGCCAACCCAGUGAUAUACAAGUUAGACCAAGCUAAUAGAGUCUGGGUGGGGGUGCAAACGCUGAGUGGGUUGACACUGUUUGCAAGUUUCUUGUCAUCCCAAGCAAGGACAGAUGUCCUUGGGUUGAUGCGGAAUAGCAUUUACUUCUCUAAAGUUCGUUUCUAUGGCCGGCGGUGCAUAUCCUACUCAUUGGACCACGACAGAUACUACCCCCGAAAACAGUGUUAUGAUUGGGGGGAACAAGAUCCAUUUGAAAGCAUUUGGAUUGAACCACCAGAGGACCUUUCAGCCUUUGUUUAGAUGACUCGUGGGCCCAGGUAUAUAUAUUUAUGUGAUUCUUGAAACCUAUGAAGGUCCAUAAAAUCUAUGUGCAUUCUUCACCAACAAUCUAGGACUCGAGGGGUCCUGCACUGACAAAAUUAAACAAAAAAGAGACUGUUGAACAACUUCUUGUUAGUCUUGUAUUAUUUUCAAGAUGAAUGCUCUUGUUAUCCAUAAAUCUGGUCCCAACUUGUUUAUAUGUUAUCCCAUCCUUUAAAAUUUGUACUUUUUCGGUCAUGUUUAUGUUUAGUCACUUGAUAAUUUUACAAGUGAUGUCUCACCUUAACUUAUUUUGCGUUUUUGGCUUUUCAGUUAAAUUUUAGAUUUCUAACUGGAGAAUAAGAUUGAAUAUAUGAAAUACACCGUUAACUUUAUG